GUAUUUGCUGGAGACAGGCUGUCAUCAACAAAGCCCCCUCUUGCUCUCUAUUUGCUUUGGUCCUCCCCUUACCUUACGUUCUCUCUCUCUUUCUCUCUAGGGUUUUCAUUCGCGAUUUUCAUUCAAAAUCUGGUUUCAGCUCACUCGAUCUGGACUUCGACUUUGCACCGCGGUGAUCGUUAUAUCUGUCAAGUUAUCCGGAGGUUUAUUCCGACAGAAUCAACCCUCAAGUGGCCAUCUUGAAUAGUCGGUUUGCCGAAGCUUUGAAAAUCGAUACCAUUAAGUGUAUGCUGGUAUCCAAAAACUAUUUUUCUCUUCGAGAUAUGAUUAAACUCUGUCUUAUUCAUGUAGCUUGAACUCCAAGUUACCUGGGGUUUUUAUGUAUCCAUGCUGUCGGAGAGCAUGCGUGGAAUCUGUCUUUUGGGUGAUGCCCCUGACAAAAUUAGUUGCUGAUGCACUUGGUGUCGUCACAAUAUCACUCGUAGCUGUUUUGGGUCUUAUCGGUUUCCUCUGCAUCUUAUACUCGUUCUACUUCCGAUCUCACAUUCGCGGUCAAGGGUAUAACCGUCUUGGAUAUUUUGCGGGCCCGUGGGUCAUCCGCGUCAUUUUCAUAUUAUUUUCAAUUUGGUGGGGUUUUGGAGAGAUUUUACGCCUUGAGUUUCUUCGACAAGACGGUCGCGUAUUACGUACGCUUAACUCAAAAUGGCAAGAUAUGGUUUGCAAAUGCUACAUCAUGUCAAACCUAGGGUUUGCGGAACCGUGUUUAUUCCUCACCCUCGUGUUUCUUCUUCGUGCAUCAUUACAAAAAACCGAGUCGGGCCCGUUGAGUCAAAACUGGAAUUUCAAAACUGCCGUUUACGUUCUUCUAUGUUGCUCGCCUAUGUUUGCCCUUCAGUUAACGGUUGUUCUAGUCGGACCGCACUAUAAAACCGACAUGCAUGUGCACACAAACAAAUGGAGAAAGUUUUUCAGAAUUACGUCUCAUAAGCAAAACGAAGUGGCCCGUUGUUAUUAUCCGUUAAUGAGUACCAUCUUUCUUGGUGUUUUUGCCACCAUGUUGACUCUCUAUUUGUUCUUGCUCGGGAGGCGAAUAUUAAGUUUGGUUAUAAGUAAAGGGUUGCAGAAACGCGUUCUCAUAUUAAUAAUUUCCAUUUCUAGUUUCUUCCUGUUACGGGUUCUGUUACUCAGUCUAUCCGUUUUCUCAAACCCCGGUGAAACCGUUUUUGAAGUUCUCGCAUUCUUGGCGUUUCUUUCGCUUCUAUGUUGUUCCGGGAUCGGUGUUUGUAUGCUUGUUUACUUCCCGAUCGCGGAUUCAUUGGCGUUGAAGACUUUACAAGAUUUAGAGGAUAGGAGAAGGAUUAUCGAAGAACACAAUGACACUCUUUCUCUAAUUGCUAACCAAAGCCCUCUCGAUGAUCGCGAUCGUGAUAAUUUGGGAAAGCAGGGGUCAAUAUCGUUUCGUGCAACGGAGAUGAAUGAUCGGGAUCGGUCGGGAGGGUUUGUGGAACUGAGUUUAUUUUCGCCUAGUCAGCAUUCGACUCCGGUGGGUUCACCUCAGAUACUGGGCUGGCCUAUGCUCCCCUCGGACGCAACCUGAAUGAAAAAAAGGCUCAAUUUUGUGGUAAAUCAACAGUUUGUAAAGGGUUUUUAGACUUCUUAAUAAGGAUUGCUGUUUUUAUUUUUAUUUUUUUUUUGUUUUAUUUGUUUUGGAGAUUUGAGAUAUGUAUGUUGGUUUGGCUGAAAAUCCACCUUGUUUUUGUUUGGUGGGAAUUAUGAUAUGUAUCUCAUUACAUUAUGCAACUAUAAACCCUUGUGAAAUUUCUUCUUUCUAGUUACAAUAGUUGGUGCAUUCUGUUUA